AUGGCUUCCAAAUUCCCCGACGAACCACCCUCAAACACCCAGGAAACGGACGAAGAAACCAUCGCAUUCAGGAAGAAGCUGUCGCGGCGAGUUAGUUUCGCUGAGUGCGAGAUCACCUCGGUCCACAUCUUCAACCGCGACGAUGACUACGAGUCCCCGCAGCAUUCCACUCCCACGCCAGCCUCUGAAAGGGGAAAUGAAGUGCUGGGUCUCUUUAGGGAUUUGAUUGACAGUGAUGACGAUGAUAAUGAUGAUGACGUUUUGAGUGUGGAGAAGUCGUUCUUGAGGCCGAUGGAGUCGCCUUCUCCCGGUGGAAGUAGCACAGUUGGAUCUGCUAUUUCUAAUGACGAAGACAACUUUUUCGGACCAGUGUCUGCAAACUUCAUUCAACCUGGAAGAUUAUCUGAUUCUGCUGCUUCAGAUGACAACCACGAUAUCACUAUGGAUUCAAUAACAUUUUAUAUGCACUUCCGUAGCAUUGCAGGUUCAGAGUCAGGAGAGCUCAAUACUUUAACUACCACAGGAGUUUGUCUUCCAUCUGAAGAGAAGAUGCCUUGCCAAGCUACCAUGCCGUCUGAUCUAAAAAGUUUUAUGGUGUUAAUGAAGGCGAAGAAGGUAAAGUCACCGUCACCUGUGCCUAUCAGUAAAUUUAGUGGUGGUGAAGAAUCUAAUGGCAUGAGCCUUGUUGGAGAAAGCAUGCGUAGGUAUGGUUAUGGAAAGCUCUCUCCCACAUUGGAAGCUCUUCUGGCUGAAGGCAGUAAGGAGUUUAAUGCCAUUCCUGCUUUUGAAUCUACCACUCCAAGGUCAUCAAGCGAAGUUGCCUUAUCUUAUGGUCAUAAGAAUGACUGCACGGAACUGUCAAAUUAUAGGAAUCAAGAGCUCUGCAACAUGAAUAAUCAUGAUAUGUCUGGUAAGGGCAUUUCUUUUGCUCAGGACAAAAUGAUUGAGUCAACAGGUGAUUCAGCAACCACUCUUACUGAUCAAACUAUGUGUGACUGCUCGUCAAACACUAAGGAUGGUUCAGUUGCUGAAAAUUUUGUUGGUCACCAAAUCCAAACUCCUAAUCAGCUGAAUAAAGAAGAAAUGCAUAGGUCUCCAUUAGCAGGUUCCAUACACUCAUUAUCUGCUAAAAGACAACAAUUACUUCUGGAUACUACAAAUUCACCAAGACAUGCACUGUUUGUUACUCCGUCCCCAAAACAAUCCGGUUCUUUUUUGAGUCAGGGAAGCAUAAAACAGGGUGGGAGUUUGCCUUCUGUCCUGAAAAGUAACAUCAAAUUAAAAAAUCUGGAGUGUACUCCCCUUGGUUCUGCUUUCAAUGAUGGAAUUUUGAAGUCAAAAAUUAGAUUAUCAGAUUCCCUUUCUUCUAGAGCUUCAGCUUGUUCAUUCAGUAAAAUUAUGGAACCGAGUGAAGGUUUCCAGUGCCAACAGGUAACUGCACCCACUAUUAAUCUGGAGGAGCAGUUAUCUGGUGUUGGUCUAAAGCAGGGGGAAAUUGAUGGUCCUGUAACUCCAAAAAACAUCAGCUACUUGAGCCAAGAUGGAGGGACCACAGAGCUUUUAGAAGAUAAAGAACAUUAUGAAAAAUAUGCUGAAAGAAUGGAGCAUCAUAGCAGUCUGUCUGGCAAUUUAAAGCCUCAUGAUCAGGAUAACAGCAUCAUUAUUGUUUCUAGAGAGGAGCCCAACUCACUAGAAACAGUUCCUAGUAGUAAUUAUUUAACUGGAACAGCUGAAAACAGAACACAGUCCAGCUUAUCACUUAUUAAGGCCAACCAUUUAACUGAGACUUCUAUAGUAAAAAAGUUGAAUGAAGGAGAAAGUAAUGGACUUGAUAUGCUGAAUGCUUCUGAGAACUCUAGGAACAUCCCUGAGGGAUUUGCCUUGAAAUUGCAAUCAAGAAGCCCAGAGAAAAACAUCGAGACUGCAAUUGAAAUAACCCAGUUCAGUGGAAGUUUCAUUCAGGAACAGAUGAAAAGCCCCUUCGGAAAGAAGCAAACUCAGAGUCCAACUUCAAAAGAGCCAAGUUGCAGCCCGCACAGGAAAGAAAUGCAUAGGGGACUGUGUGGUGAUAAUAUGCAACUACCUGUUGCAAAGGAUGUACUAUCUCUUAGCUGCCAUUCAACUAUACAAACGAUUGAUAACCAUCUUCAAAGAUCUGUGCAGGACCCAAGUCCUGACCAAGACACUCAGAACUCUUCAAAAAGCAAAAGAAUAAGUGAAGUAGUUCUUGCAGACAUGCACCCUGCAGAUAAAAAUAAGUGUAUCCAGCAGAGUCCAAAUUUUCGUGAAAUUGGAGAAAAAGAUAUGGAGCAUGUGUUGGAAUAUUCGAAUGGUAGUAACAUAGGAAAUAAAGGAAUUGAAGGUGGCAAAACAUUGCUGAAUAUGACUGAUAUUUCCAGCAAACUUUUGGCAGAUACAAAACAGCUACUGUCUCCUAGUUUUGAUAAACUAAAUAUAAAAGUGAUAAACAUGUUGGAAGAUAUAUUACUUCAUCAGCAGAAGGUUAAUAAGUUAGAGAUGCUCUGUUCUGAAAUCCAAUUCAAACUAGGUUCAGCAUAUGGUCAAUCCUGCAAUAUUCAUGUAGCUGAAACAAAACUAUUGCUCUAUAGAUUAGUUUAUGAAAAGGCUAAAUUGCAGUUGAUGCAAGUGAAGCGUGAAAGACUGCUGAAUCAGGUACAGUUACUGAGAACUGGAGUUCGGGAGUCUCAAAUGUUGAAGUUAAAUUAUGUCAAGCAUCCAUCUGUGUUAGCUGGAAGAGACACUCAACUUGACAAUAAUACAUGUUCAGUUAGAUCUGGAGAGAACCUUGAGGGAACCAAUGAUAAAGUUACGACAGUGAAGCAUCAGGCUGAUGCUCUGGAGACGAAGAUAAACAAUCUAACCAAGUCUCUUUGUCCUCACUUCAAGAUAAAAGGAGAACUGAGUUGUGCGGAUACUAUUGAUUUGCUUCAUGAUCAUCUAAAGAAGAGAACUUGUUGGGGAUGUAUACUCCAGGAUAUGCAGAAUAGGAAUGGCUAUCAUAAUGUUAUUCUCAACUACCAUGAGUUCUUAUCUCAAAGUCUUACAUUAGACACCAGUCCAAAUUCAAGCAUUUUUGUUGGAAACAAAUUGAACGAUAUAAACAUCAGUAAGAACUUCCCAAACAUGGAUGCUUGUUCUGCAUUUGCUUUUGUCUUUAACCAUGAAUAUACUACGAAAUAUGUUGGGCCCAAAAGUCUGGCGCAAGAAACACAAGUGACCAGUUCACUUUUACGAAAUCUGCUUGAUGUUAUUGAGGAAGUACAGAUAGCGCGGUUAGAAAUUAGGUUUCUGAUUCUUACUAGCUUUCAUUCUCCAUCCGCUAAGCAGCUGGAUUUGCAGCUUGCUUUCAUUGAUUUUGAGAGUGGUGUAAAGCUGAUAAUGUCUCUCGACAUGACAUGUUUGAACUGUGGGGUUUAUCCUUCAGAGAUCCUUCCCCAUCAUUUACAGACUUCCACCACUAGGACAGACGACUUACACUGUCCACUCUCAAUUGAAAUAAAAGCUGCAAUCAGUAAUCUUAGAGCUGGGUACUCAAGGAUAAUAAGGCUCUGUAGGUGUGUUACCCAGGUGCUGCAAUCUUCAGGCAGGUGAUUGGGGUUUUUUUAUUUAACAUCUUAAAGAAGAGAGAAAGGGCACCUACAAUUUGUCGUUCUCUCUUUGUUGCUUGAUUGAGCAUUAUAUCCUUUUUUUUGUAAGCUGCACUACAAGGUGACAGAUUUGCUCCAACAUCUUCAGAAACGGUAGAUGCAUUUCUUUCUCAUUUGUUGACCACUUUUUUUGUGGUUCCGUAAAUGUUUAUUGCAGUACCUUAAAGUAGCCAAUUUACACGAAUGCUGUGACUUUGAACCGAAAUUGCACUUUAUGUAGUAACACUUAACAGCCGUCUA